ACGGACUACACUUCCCGGCGCUCCCGGCGGCCUGAGGGGAAAGGAGGGAGCCGUUUUUUUUUUGUUUCUCAAGAUGGCGGACGGGGUGCUGAGCGCCGGCGUGAACCUGGAGGCCUUCGCCCAGGCCAUAGCCGCCAUCCAGGCGCUGCGCUCCAGCGUGACGCGGGUCUUCGACUGCCUCAAGGACGGCCAGCGGCACAAGGAGGCCGUGGAGGGCCGCGAGAAGGGCUUCCUCGCCAACUUCCAGGAGAGCCUCCAUUCCGUCAGCCGGGAUUUGGGUGAGUUGGAACGCUUGAGUAACCUGGUGGGCAAGCCGUCCGAAAAUCACCCCCUCCAUAACAGCGGCCUCUUGAGUCUCGAUCCUGUCCAAGACAAAACGCCCCUUUAUAGUCAACUGCUCCAGGCCUACAAGUGGUCCAAUAAGCUGCAGUAUCACACCGGCCUGGCCUCUGGUCUUCUGAAUCAGCAGUCUUUGAAGAGGUCGGCGAACCAAAUGGGGGUCUCCGCCAAGCGAAGGCCAAAGGCUCAGCCCACCACCUUGGUGUUACCACCUCACUACGUAGAUGACGUGAUCAAUCGCAUUGACCGAAUGUUUCCGGAGAUGUCUAUUCACCUGUCACGGCCCAACGGGACUUCUGCCAUGUUGCUGGUAACUUUGGGAAAAGUAUUAAAAGUUAUAGUCGUGAUGAGAAGCCUCUUCAUCGACCGGACGAUAGUCAAAGGUUUUCAUGAAAAUGUUUACACGGAAGAUGGCAAGCUUGAUAUAUGGUCGAAGUCCAGCUACCAAGUCUUCCAGAAGGUGACGGAUCAUGCAACCACAGCCCUGUUGCACUACCAGCUCCCUCAGAUGCCCGACGUGGUUGUCCGCUCCUUCAUGACCUGGCUGAGAAGUUACAUCAAGCUGUUCCAAGCUCCGUGCCAACGUUGUGGAAAAUUCCUGCAGGAUGGCCUCCCUCCAACUUGGCGGGAUUUUCGGACCCUGGAAGCCUUCCAUGACACGUGUCGGCAAUGACCCAACCUAGUUGAGUUGAGAAGAACACCUUCUCUGGAAGUAGAAGAUGGAUCUGAAGAAGCCCGGAGCGGAAGACAAACCUUCCAUAGAGCGAUCUCUCAUUUCUCCUUGACCGAGAUCAAUGUCUCCAUGAACUUCAGCAGGGUUAAAUGCAUAUUUUGGUCAACCGUCGUGACCGGUUUCAGGAUAACGACCUUGUUCAACCAAGAAGGAGAAGAAGGUAUAGUCCAGUGAUGACGAACCUUUUAGGCACCAAGUGCCCAAAUCGUAACGCUGUGCAGGUGUGUGCAGCGGAGUGUCGGAAACCCGAAGACCAGCCCAGCUGGCCGGCGCACACAUGCCUGUUUUUUGGCUGUUUUGGGCCAUUUUGGGACCAUUCUCAGGCCGUUUUUUCCGGGCUGUUUUUAGGCUGUUUUCUGGUGCUCCAGCGCCUGCAAAGAUCAGCUGGCGGGCGUGCCAGGAACCAGAAAAGCAGCUGGCAUACCUUUGCCAUCAUGCGCAUAGUCCGUCUCUCAAAGCUCAGCCUCCCGGCUUGAUCCGAAUUCCUUCAUGGCUUUCAAGAAGAUCUCAGUUGACACGAAUAAAAAUUCAUCCUUUCGCUC